AUGGAAAGCAUACCAUUAAUGUCAAUGCUAUUGGCUGCUACAACAAAUACUGCUGAGUUGUUUGCUAUAUGUUCUGUUAUAACUGACAAACUUGCUAAAGAAAUAAGCAAGGAAGUGAAGGCUUUAAUAAAAGAAUUUGUUGAUGUAUUUUCAGCUAAGUUGCCAAAUGAGUUAUCACCAAAAAGAUCAGUUGAUCAUGCUAUUGAUCUUAUACCUGG